AUGUACAUCUCACAAGCUGUAAACUCUCUAUUUGACACGGUUCUCAGUGCCAGCCUUCUGGAGUCUCAAUACGAAUCAAUUCCUCAUACACGCUCACAGUCGGACGCCAGCCACACAUUAUUUGCUUUUGACACCAUCGAUGCACAAAUGACACACCUGUCCCUUGACUAUAGCUCAAGCCACAUAAACAUAAGUGCUUUAAACAACGAAGAAUUUUCGGUACAAAACCCGGAGCCCAAUGCAUCAGACUUCAUUAGUAUCGGCUGGUCCUGUACAAAUGGUAAGAUGUGGUCUAAUAAAGAUCAAUCUAUUUCAAAAAAGCCAAAGAACCAACAAAUUUAUUCUUUGCAAACUUUCUUGGAACCAGAAGUCGCAGAAUUACCAUCGAGCUACACCGGAUACAACGCGAAUUACAUAUUAAGCCCUCCUUCCGAACCAAACCAAGACACAUUCGACCAAAUCUCAACACAAGCUUGUGCUCAUAUGUUUUCACAACAAACAUCAUUUAACAAGUUCAGUGCAGAACCUUCUAUGUAUGCCACCUGCUUCGACUCGCCGCAGUCUUUGAUGCUCGACCCCGAUUACAUUGUAGACGACUCUCAGCUUGAACUCCUGAUACCUGAGAGUAUAGACGCGGUGUGUGACUCUUUGAAAAACGCUCUACAGAUCAAUAGCGAUCAUUGGGAAACACAAGUGCCCGGGAUUAUAAACCCCGUCGGAUCCCCAAAGAGACUUACACCUUCUAAAAAUACAACAAAAAGAUACAAAUGUAAGCUUUGCUGUUACAGAACCAACCGAUCAAACAACCUACUCCGGCACAGCCAAUCUCACAAUAGACAGGCUAAAUAUUGGAAGUGCAAUCAAUGCACAAAGUCGUAUUCGAGUAGAUCUAACCUUGUUAGACACACAAACAACGUCCACAAGUAA